GCAUUUAAACCCCGCUUAAACCCCCUGCUUAGUAGCUCCAUGUGUAAAUGCUCGCUCGGACAUCAAGGAAAACCUCUCUCUCUCCUCCCUGUCUAGGCGCAGGUUUUGUCCUUAUCAGUCUCUCUCUUCUUUCUCACUCUACUUUCUCUCUCUAUAUUGGGAAUUCUUUCUAGGUUUGGGAUGAAGAUUAUUUGAGCGUACGGGGUCGGAUCUUCUAUGGCGACUACCCACAUUGGCGGUAGGAGCGGGGAGGAGACGCCGGGCUCGGAGCCCGGGAAGCCGGCGGCGGUCCUUACAACGUCAGCUUCAUUCAAGGGGGCGGCCAGGAAGAAGCCGAGCCCCAUCAUCUCCCGUGCCGGCUCCGAUGUCGACGACAUCAUCAACCUCUUGGGCUCCGAUCCAGUGCGCGUCGAGCUCAACCGCCUCGAGAACGAGGUCAGAGACAAAGAUAGGGAAUUGGGAGAUGCACAUGCAGAAAUCAAGGCUUUGAAAUAUUCAGAGCGUCUCAAAGAGAAAGCAGUUGAAGAGCUGACUGAUGAGCUAAAGAAAGUGGAUGAGAAGCUGAAAGCAACAGAAGCUCUUUUGGAAAGCAAGAACCUUGAGAUUAAAAGGAUAAAUGAUGAGAAAAAGGCAGCUCUGGCUGCACAAUUUGCAGCUGAAGCCACACUUCGAAGGGUCCAUGCUGCCCAAAAAGAUGAUGAGAUGCCCCCAAUUGAGGCCAUCAUCACACCACUGGAGGCAGAGCUAAAGCUGGCCAGGCUGGAGGCAGCCAAGCUGCAAGAUGACAAUAGAGCACUGGAUCGACUUACUAAAUCUAAGGAGGCUGCCCUUCUUGAGGCUGAGAAAUCUGUUCAGAUUGCUUUGGCAAAAGCAUCUUUGGUUGAUGAUCUGCAAAACAAAAACCAAGAACUAAUGAAGCAGAUUGAAAUAUGCCAGGAAGAGAACAAAAUUCUGGACAAAAUGCAUAGGCAAAAAGUAGCAGAGGUUGAAAAGCUAACACAAACUGUUCGCGAACUUGAAGAGGCUGUUUUGGCUGGGGGAGCUGCUGCUAAUGCUGUACGUGACUACCGGCGGAAAGUGCAAGAGAUGAAUGAGGAGAGAAAAACCCUGGACCGGGAAUUAGCUCGUACGAAGGUUACUGCCAAUCGGGUUGCUGUUGUCGUUGCAAAUGAAUGGAAGGAUGCUAAUGACAAAGUAAUGCCUGUAAAACAGUGGCUUGAAGAGCGGAGAUUUUUUCAGGGAGAAAUGCAGCAGCUUCGAGACAAACUGGCUGUUGCUGAGCGCACUGCAAGGGCAGAAGCACAAUUAAAGGAGAAAUACCAACUACGGUUUAAAGUUUUGGAAGAAAGACUUAAAGCAUCUUCAAAUGGUAAUUCCCGCACUACCUCAGAAGGUAGAAGCAUAAGUAAUGGGCCUUCACGACGUCAGUCUCUUGGUGGGGCAGAAAAUUUGUCCAGAUCAUCCUCUAAUGGCUUUAUGCCAAAGAGAACAUCAAAUUCACCAUAUGGAUCCUUCCGAUCCAACAGUGCAAGUGCAUUGUUAAAGAAUGCCAAGAUUUCUUCAAGAUCAUUUGAUGGUGGUAGUAGAUCACUAGAGAGAGAUAAAUUGAUUUCAGAUGCAAAUGUGAAGAAUAAUGCACCCACCAAUCAUGGUAACCCGACCGAAAGUACUCAAGUGACUGGUACAGAUAUGGCAGCUGAAGUAAAUCCAAUUGAGAAAACAAAAAUAGAACAUGAAGAUUAUGUUUCAGGAUUGCUGUAUGAUAUUUUACAGAAAGACGUCAUAUCUUUGAGGAAAGCGUGCCAUGAGAAAGAUCAAAGCCUCAAUGACAAGGAUAUUGCAAUUGAGAUGUUGGCCAAGAAGGUUGAUACAUUGAACAAAGCAAUGGGGGUGGAGGCCAAAAAGAUGCGGAGAGAAGUAGCUGCCAUGGAAAAGGAAAUUGCUGCUAUGCGUGUUAGCAAAGAGCAUGAUAUGCGGGCACGGCGUGCCAGUGCUCCCAGGGGUGCUUUAAAUAGCACCCAAUCAAUUUCCACUAGGAAUGUGCGAAAUGCAUAGACAAAGUUUGCAGAAAAUUGGUCAAAGUCAUCUCUUAGUUCUGCAGCUCCACUCUGCUGUUGAUACAUUUGUAUGAUUUUAUCAUGAUUUUCCCCUUUUCUUCCUCCGGAUCUCCCUCGGCUGUCUCGACUCUUGACCAACUGUUCAAUUUGUGAAGAACUGACUCAAGAUUUUUGGGGACCUGAUUCCAGUCUUGUAUAUUUCUGUAAUAGUAUUAUUAUUGUUAACAAUUAAUCUCAAGUAACGUGUGCCAAAAAUUACACAAAAAAGCAAGAGAACUUUCACAGUGUAAUGCAGGAAUAGUGUGGAUAAAUGAAAAGGAAUUUCCUUUUGGUUU